UCGAAGAUUCCGAGGCGAGUACGAAACUACGAACCGACCAGAGAGCUUUGAUUCCCAAACAAAGGAUAUCCUUUUCUGUUCCGAGUCAAAACCUUCAGAAAAGGACGUUUCUUGUUCCUGUCAAUGAAAGAAGCAAAAAAUUGAAACAAAAUCAGUGACGCAGUUGAAGGAUGGCGGCGAGUUCCGCAAGAUUUUCAUCUGCUGGGGAAGAAAGAAAUGGAGAAGGAAGAGGAGUUAAAGGAGACCCAGAUCAUACACAAAUGAUAGACAAGCUUGCUGGUGCUGUGAUGGAGAAGUUCGCAUUUUCAGACCCUUCCAAAACACUCACACCGGAUCAGAAGAAUGAUAUCAAACGACAUCUUUGUAGACUCUUACCUGUGUUUCACACGCCCGAUCACCCCACCUAUGCCGUGAUGAUAUGUAGGGCAAUUGACGAGUUGAAUGAGGAACAGGGGUCAACUGAAGAAGCAAUAUCAAAAUUUAUUAGAGAGAAGUUUGACGGUUUGCCAUUGGCUCAUGCAAGUUUCUUGAGUCUUCACUUGAAGAAGCUAAAUGAGAGGGGAGAAAUUGUUUGUGUAUCAAAAAAUUGUUAUAUGCUUCCAACUGAUAAAGGUGAUUCUCUUUCUAGAAGAAAGUGUGUCCCGAAACAAAAGAAGACUCGGAAGGGUUGGGGAAAAGGAAACUCAGCUAAAGGAAAUGAACAUAAAACAUUGGCAGAAGAACAAGUUGAAGUGACUGAGAAACAGAGAAAGCAGAGGAAGCAAAGUCAAAAACCACGGUAUUGUAAGGCAGUUGACAACCAAACUGGAUCUCCAGAGCAAGUCAAUGGACAACAAUGUCAAAGACAAAUGGAAGAAAUUGCUGCAAUUGCUGAAAAGAAAAGUCAAGAACAAAUUGAAGAAGAUCAGCAGAGUAAGGUGAUUGAUGAUGAAAAAGAAUCUCCUGAUGCACAGCAAGGAGAAGUAAUUAAACAACAAAUUCAAGGUAUUGCAGUCAUUGUUGUUCCCCGAAAUUCCGCAGAACAGAUAUAUAAAGUCCCCGAAGAACAAGAAGUUGAAGUGACUGAACAACAGCAGCAGCACGGGCAGCAAAGUCAAGAACUGAUUCAAGAAGAACAGCAUAGUAUGGUAAUUGACUGUCAAAAUGGAUCUUCAGAUGAAGAAAAUGUACAGCAAGAUGAAGUGAAUAGGCUGAAAAGUCAAAAUCAAGUGCAAUUACCUGGAGUGAUAGUCGAAAAGCAGAACAUUGAACAGAUAUAUAAAGAAGAUGAUGUACAAGUUGAAGUAACUGAACAACUGAGAGAAGAUGGGCAGGAAAUUCAAGCAGAACAGUGUAGUAAGAUGAUUGAAGAUAAAUAUGGCUCUACAGAUGCGCAGCAAGAGAGAGUGAAUGGACAUGAAAAUCAGAAACAUAUGCAAGAAGUUGCGUUGAUUGUUGAUAAGCAGAAUGUUGAAGUCAAGAAGUAUCAAGUGAAUGAAGAGCAAGUUGAAGUGAUUGAACAAAAGACAGAACAUGUGAAGCAAAGUGCAGAACCAAUACAGCACAUGAAGGUGAUUGAUUGUCAAAAUGGAUCUUCAAAGCAACAAAAUGAACAGAAAGAUGAAGUGAAUAGACAGCAAACUGAAAUUCAAAUGCAAGUAACUGCAGUGGUUGUUGAAAAGUCUAAUUUUUCUGAACAGACACGUAAUGUGAAUGAAGAAGAACAAGUUGAAGUGACUGCACAGAGAGAAUAUGGGCAGCAAAGUCAAGUAGCUAGUCAAGAAGAGCAACAUAACAAGGUGAUUGACUGUCAAAAUAGCAAAGUGAUUGACUGUCAAAAUAGCAAAGUGAUUGACUGUCAAAAUAGCAAAGUGAUUGACUGUCAAAAUGGAUCUCCAGAGCAACAAAAUAAACAGCCAGAAUAUGUGAAUGAGGAUCAAUUGCAAGAAAUCAUUGUGAGUUGUGAAAAGCAGAUUGACCCAAAACUGAAACACAAAGUGGCUGAUGAGCGUAUUGAAGUAAGUAUGGAUAAAAUAGUUGAAGAACAGUACCAAACUAAAGAAAAAUUGUGUGAAGUGAUUGAACAACAUAGUCAAGCUGUCAAAAGAGAUAUACAGUUACAUGGAGAAGCAGUUGAAGCAAUUCGGUCUGGACCAGAGGCACAACAAAGUGAUAUGAUUUCAGAACAAAAUAGACCACAGGACCAAAUUGAAUUAACAAGUAUGCAGGAGUUAUUGUCUAAGAAGCAAGAGAAAGAUGCGGCUACUGUAGUCAAUUCAAAUGCUUCUAUUGCAAGUCAGAAAUUCUCCCACCAUGUUUCGUCAAACUUGUCUGAGCUGCUGGAAAACAACGUUAAGGUGCAGGGAAAGAUGCAGAAGCUGCUGGAAAAUAACAUUAAGGUGCAGGAAAAGACACAUAAGCUGCUGGAAAAUAACAUUAAGGUGCAGGAAAAGACACUUCAGGUUCAGGAAAAGUUAUUUGAGCUGUUGAAGGAGUUAGCAGAUACCAUUCGAAAUCCUGUUAUAGAAAAAAGACCAAUGCCAAUCAUUGGUCCUUGUGGAGAGAGGGAAUAUAUAGAUUGUGGAUUUCCAGCAAAACAGAAGCACCAACCUGAGAUCUCAGCUCAAACAAAAGCAUUGGGAUCCCAGCUGAAUGAAAUGCUAGCAUCUCUUGAACUACCCAUGGACUCAGCAGAGUUAUUUUUAAAGCAGGGAAAGCUAUGCAACCUUGGUCAGCAACAAGUACCUAAGAGCCAGAACAAAUCAAUUAAGAAUAUGCCUGAUGCUGAACAACCUCAACAACAGGAGAUUGGAAAUUCAGAAUUGUUGCGGGAACUUCCAACAAUGGAAGAAGAGAAUGAAGAAUUAUCUGGACCUGUUAGAAAAAGAAUUUGUUUAAGCAUUGAAGCAAAUCACGAGAAAGAAAAGCAACUGCAAGUGCAUAAUGCUGAAGGCCAUCCUGAUCUUCGUAGUCAAGAGAAGCUGUCUGUAUCUGUGCUAGUCCCAAGUUGUCCAGAUGUCUUCUUGCACUCGCCAAACUAUGAGCUGGGAACCCAGCAACCAAAAGUUCAAAAGACAGAAAGCCCUCGUGAAAUCAAAUCGCUGUCAGUGGAGGGAGGAAUUAUUGCUCAUGUAUCCAGGACAAACCUUAUAGAAUCUUCUGUUGAUUUGCUGCAGGAAGAACAGGAGAUUGUUCCUGAGCUAACAUAUCAAGAAAACCUUCAAGAGCAAGAACAAGAAAUGCAGUCAUUUAGUUACGAGAAGCAUCAACAAGCUAUUCUUUCUGAUGUGGUGAAGACGCCUGAUUUCCUAUUAGCAACUGGUGCGGAGCAGGAAGCGGAAAAUGUGAUUAAAGAAAAGGCUGUUGAGCUUGAUCUGACAGCAAGUAACCAAUCCUGUCGAACACAACCUGAGCAAAAGCAGCAGCAGAGGCAACUAGGUCUUCCGGGUAAACAACCAUCUGAAUCUUAUUGUGAAGGAGCAGAGGCAUCUAAAUAUCAGGAUGAGGACCAUCGACCAGAAAAUGUGAUUAAGGAGAAGGCUGUACAUUCAAGUCACCUGAGUCUUGAAUUGACAGCAAGUGAGCAAUCCUGUCAAAGACAAUUGGAGAAACAGCAGCAACAACCGCAGAGGCAAUUACGUCCUCGAGGUAAAAAGUCAGCUGAGUCUGAUUGUGGAGUGGCAACGGCACCUGAAUGCCAGCAGGAGCAGCAGCCCAGAUAUCCAAUGCAGGAAAGAAUGAAGCUUGAUCAUAAACCAGCAGAGCAGAGUCAAUUGCGCCCACGGUGCCAGAGGCACUCCGAGUCUGAAUUGUCUCUCACUACAUCUAUGGUUGAAUUAUCACCAAGAAAAAGUCAGGAUACUGAAAGGCAAACAGAGGAAAAGACUCGAGAGCUGAAGACAUCAGCAGAGGAAACAGGCCAAAGACAGCUCCAGCAGAGGCAGCUUUCAAAUACUGGAAUGUCACAAGUGGAUAAGCCAGGAGCCGAAGAUUCAUCUCAACUGAAAAGGCAGCCUCAAGUGGAAAAGCCUGGAGUUGGAGAUCCAUCUCAACUGAAGAAGAAACAAGUUAACCGCUUAAAUAAGCGAAAGUGGUGCACUCCAGAGCCCACAACAAUGCCUAACGCCAUUGGUGCAAUCGUCACUUACCAGAGACGGUCAGGUCAAACUAUAGAGCCCAACCCUGAAGCAUUUCAGGAUCUAGGACCAACACUCGCAGACCAUUUGGAGCAAAAAGAGAAUCAUCAUGGUCAACGAAAGAAGUUCAAAUCUGCAAGAGAAAGCCCUGAUGAGUUGGCUGUCACUUCCCAGCAUCUUGUGGCGGAUCCUCACAUUCUAGUAAAGCCUCCACCGCUCAAUCCAGGAGCAGUGGGACAAUUGCCUCAAACAACAAAAGAGCUGCCACAGAAACAGCAGCUGCUGCGCCGUAUGAACCUGCGCUCAUGCAGCCAAGCUGCAUCGCAAUCUGAACCUGAUGUUUUGAUAGUGGGACUAUUGCCUCAAACAACAAAAGAGCUGCCACAGAAACAGCUGCUGCGCCGUAUGAAACUACGCUCACGCAGCCAAGCUGCAUUGCAAUCUGAACCUGAUGUUUUGAUGAUUGAUACGCUGCCCGCAAAGCACCAUUCUGAGCAGCCACAAGAACUGAAGCAUCCUAAGCAGCCACAGAAGCAAAGAGGGAGGACUCCUAAACCAAAACUGGAUAGAGCUGGGCCUGUUAAGCGUCAAAAGCUGCAGGAACAACCAAAAAGACGAGGGAGGCCCCCUAAGUUGGAUGUAAAUACUAUAUCAGGGAGAAAAUUGAUCUCAAAGAACAAACAGAAGCAACCAAAGAGUCCAGGGAAGGCAAAGUCUCGAAAAGUGAUCAAAGGAAAACUACAGAGUCAAGUGAGGGGAAAGCCUCAAAAAGUGACUCAAGGAACACCAAAGAGUCAAGUGAGGGGAAGGCUUCGAAAAAUGUCUGAAGGAACAGUAAAAGAGUCAAGUGAGGGAGAGGGCUCGAAAGUGACUGAAGGAACUCCAAAGAGUCAAGGUAGGGGAAGGGCUCGAAAAGUGACUGAAGGAACCUAAGGAAGCAACUAUGGUAGCUAAGAUCUUUUGUUUUUUAGUAUCACUAGCUUUAUAGUUUGCUAGUUUCCAUCUUUUGACUUCAGUAAAUUGUGUUCCUGGGGAGUCCCUUGUGAUGAUGGAUGUCAAGAUGCUAGGUCAGGACAAAUUAUACACUGGAAGUAAUCCGUGGUCUCUUUGGACAGGCUUAUAAAUUAAAUAUCCCGGACUUGUUAUUCAUGACAUUCAGCAAGGUGCAUAUUUGAUCAGUUGUCUUUUGUUGGGUAAUAUGAUCAUGUAAUGCUGCUGGAGAUGUUGUAUAUUGUCUCUUUAGUUAUGCUUGUGUUCUUGUUUCGUGAUUGGUUUAUGAAGUGCAGAGUUAAGAGGGUAAAGAAUGUUGGACGAUUUA